AGCCAAGCCACCAUACCUGAAAACCUAUCUUCCCACACGACGUGCCUCGGCCUCACUCACAAUAAGACCGUUUCCGAUUUGUGCAAGUCGAUAAACCUUUCCCGACAGAAUGCUUCAGUACAUCUAUAUCAACGGUUAUCCUGGGGUUGGCAAGCUUACAGUAGCAAAGGAGCUUGAGAAACUUAUCCCUGGUUCCAAGAUCUACCAUAACCAUUUGCUGAUCGAUCCCGUCGCUCCAUUAGUUGAGCGUACCUCGCCACACACUGUCACACAAUACGGGCUAGCUUACGCCGCCACGUUCUGGACAUCAUUGCAACAUCUGAGGCAACGCAACAUGUGACAUGGAUUUUCACUGAUUCGCGAUCUUCAAGUCCAAUCGGCAGUGCGGCCGCGCAAGAUUACGAGAAUGCAGCUAUCAAGCGGUGGGUCCCAUUUGUCUCGGUCAUCUUGUAGUGUGAGC